GACACGAGACUCUCGGCCGCGCUUCCUUCCGGUCGCGGCUGCCUGCGCCGCCUUCGGGAACUCGGUCGGCAACGCCUCCCGGGCUCUGGCUUUCUGGCUAUCCCGGGGAGCGUCAUGGUGCCCCUCUCGGCGCGCCUUCUCUUGCAGCGCGGGCGACCCAAGAGCGACCGACUGGGGAGGAUCCGGAACCUGGACCUGUCCGGGCUGCAGCUGCUCACGGAGCACCUAGACCCCAAGCUGUUGAGCCGCCUGCAGCAGCUGCAGGAGCUCGACCUGACCGACAACCAGCUGGAGACGCUGCCGCCCGAGCUGGGCCUGGUGCACCUGCGCGUGCUGCGCUGCGCCAACAACCAGCUGACCGACAUCACGGCCUUCUGCCAGUUCCCGCUUCUGGAGGAGCUCUACGUGGAGGGCAACCCUUUCCUGACGGUCAGUGACAACUUCAAAGUGUGCUUUCUCCUGCCCAAGCUUCGCAAGCUCAAUGGCAAGGACACCUCCUCAACUUGCACUCAGGUGCAGAGCCUGAACCGCGAGCUGACCAACAGGGUCACGGCUCACUGGGAGAAGUUCAAGGAGACCCUGGGCCCAGGGAAGGAGACCAAGAAGGUGCAGGCCGACUUUGUUAAGUCUGCAGUCAGGGAUGUCCGCUACGGGCCCCAGUCCCUCAGCGCCUUCACCCAGUGGCGGGUGCAGAUCAUCUCCGAGGAGCUGGUGGCCGCCUGGGGGGCACAGGGGGACAGCAUCCCAGAGAAGCCCCCACAAGCUGCAGCUGCUGGCAAGGCCAAGGCCAAGCAGACGGCCUUGAAGCGGCCAGAUGACGUCCCAGCAGGCCCGCCUACCCCCAAACGGGUGCGCACCUCCCAGUCCGCCCAGAGGGAGGGAAGCCCCACAGGUUCGGACAGCGAGCCUGCCCUGAAGCUGGAGCCGCUGCACUUCCUGCAGUGCCACAGCAAGAACAACAGCCCUGGAGACCUGGAGACCCAGUUGUGGGCCUGCGCCUUCGAGCCGGCCCAGGAGGACGGGCCCUCAGGGGCCAUGUCCCAGACCGUGGCCACCUGCGGCGGGGAGGCGGUGUGCGUGAUGGACUGCCAGACUGGCAUCGUGCUGCACAAGUACAAGGUGCCAGGCGAGGAGUUCUUCUCGGUAGCCUGGACAACCCUGACAGUGGUCACACAGGCAGGCCACAAGAAGCGCUGGAGUGUGCUGGCGGCCGCGGGCCUGCGGGGCCUGGUGCGGCUGCUACACGUGCGUGCCGGCUUUUGCUGCGGGGUCAUCCGGGCCCACAAGAAGGCCAUUGCUACACUCUGCUUCAGCCCAGCUCACGAGAGCCACCUCUUCACCGCCUCCUAUGACAAACGGAUCAUCCUCUGGGACAUCGGGGUGCCUGACCAGAACCAAGAGUUCCAGGCGAGGCAGCUGCUCACACUGGACACCACCUCCAUUCCCCUGCGCCUGUGCCCUGUCGCCUCGUGCCCGGAUAACCACCUGCUGGCCGGCUGUGAAGGCGGCUGCUGCUGCUGGGAUGUGAGGCUAGACCAGCCCCAGAAGCGACGCGCCUGCGAGGUGGAGUUCGUGUUCUCCAAGGGCACAGAGGCCCCAAGCCGGAGAGUAGACGGGCUGGCCUUCGUGAAUGAAGAUGUUGUGGUCUCCAAGGGGAACAGCCUGGGCACCAUCUGCCUGUGGAGUUGGAGCCAGACGUGGAGUGCCAGGGGCAGCCGCUCCGCAGUGCCCGUGGUGGUCCUGGCCUGGCUGCAGUGGUCUUCCACCAACCUGGCCUACUUCUCACUCAGCACCUGCCCAGAGAAAGGGCUGGUGUUGUGUGGGGACGAGGAGGGCAGUGUGUGGCUCUAUGACAUCAGGCACCUCCUGAAGCAGCCGCCCGCACAGCCAGCAGCCCCGCAAGCCCCAAGCCAGAUCCUCAAGUGGCCCCAGCCCUGGGCGCUGGGCCAGGCAGUGAGCAAGACCAUGGUGAAUGCAGUGGUGGCCGACCCCACCUUCAGCUACCUCACAGCUCUGACGGACUCCAACAUUGUGGCCAUCUGGAGGAGGUGCUAGUCUCCACAGCGCACCAGCCACAGCCACGCGACCUAACUUAUUGAGCAUUUGGGCAAACUAGAGGGUCUUUUUAUGCCUAUUUUUGUUAUUAAAUUCUUCCCUGUGGAGAGGCCUGAGGGAGCUGUGUA